ACUGCCGAACUAAGGAAAUCUCGCGGGAUUUCGCUGACAAAGGCGGGUACUUCAAAGAUGGAGAAAUAAACACAUUCGAUCGUGAUUCUCGGAACGUAGUGCUUACAUUAUUAGUAGUUUUCCUUUAGUAUUUCUAUACGUGCAAUGUCGGCCAUGAGGCAAAGGGAGGUUCUGUCUCCCAUUGUCAGUACACCAAACAUACCUCAAAGAUAUUCUCAAUCAUCUGUCAACUCACCAUCUUUCGGCAAAGUCAAUAGUGUCAGUAGCCCAUCCACGUUACUAAUGGAGCAGCAAGAUGAUGAGCUGGAGAGGAAGGCCCGUCGCAGGUCAAGGGUCAUGGACCUGCAGCGGAAAAACAUGGGCAGUCCUAGCUCUCCCGCUGAUAGGAGAAAAUCUCUGCCAUUGAGUGGAUUUUCCACAGCUCAACUUACAGAACAUUACACCAGCUGUAUAAAACUGUCAGCAGAAAAUAAAAUCAAUGCAAAGAAUGCUUUUGGACUUCACCUUAUUGAUUAUAUGUCAGAAUUGUUGAAGAAAAAGGAGCUAGAAAAUUUUCAGGUUGCUAGUACAACAUUGGAUGCAAGCGCCAAGAUUUAUGCUGGGAGAGUUGAUGCCAUCCAUGCAGAAACAUACAAAGUUCUCAGUGGUCUUGGUAGGGGAGCAGAUAAACAUAAACAUGCUCAUGAUGAAGAUACAUUAGAAGGUGAAGAUGGGGGUGCUGAGGGGGAAGCUAGGCCUGAUGAAGCCCAGAAAAAGAAGAAAAAGAGAAAAAGUAAAACAGUGGAGACAAACUUGAAGAACAUCAAUGUAAACAAAUUUGAUCUUGAGUUUGAGGUAGAUCCAUUAUUUCAAGUAAUGUCGGCGGCUUUUGAUGAAGGUGGAAGUAGUGGGUUGCUGCUGUCUAAUUUACGAACAUUUGAUAACACACAGCGGCUUGUACUAGAUUCUAAUACAUUAAUAUCCCCAACAGAUGACCUAGAUAUGUCAAGGAUCGAAGAAAGAAAAGAAAAUGUAGAUGUCACAGAUUUUAAAGGUUUACUAACAGACAAUACAACUGCUGAGAAGUUGGUUUGUCCAGCAUUUUCCACAUAUAGGUUUACAAACUGGGAUUCUUCUGAUCAGAGUUCAAUACCCGGUAUAACAGCAUCGCAGGAGGAGCACCGGUUUGAUAUGGACGCUGAACCGGAACCUAUACCGGACCAUCAUGAUGAUAUGUCAGUGUUAGGUGGUGGGGACGGCAGCUUUUUGGGCGAUGACCUUGAAGAUGUAGCAGAUACGAAUCUAGACGAGGAGAUAGGGAGAGAUAACUGUAUCGGAGAUGGAAAGGCUGCUCAACUUGUACAAUCUGUACUCAGUGACAUGACACAUGGUACAACUGGGGCAUUGAUGCAGGUGUUAUCAAUGGAACCGUCUGAUUAUUCCUACUUUAACAAAGCAUUACUGAGAACCUGGGCAGGGCCAUCUCAUUGGAGGGCAGGACAUUUAUCUAGGGAAUUAGGGAAAUCAGCAUCUACCACACAAGCACAGAAGAGUAAAGGAAAGAAACAAGUGUUUAGAAUAGACUUUGAUGAAGAGAUAGACUUUGAAUCAAAAUUUAAAAUAUCUAAAGCUACGGCACUGACUAAGAACACGUUAAAUAAAUACAGUAAGGACCAGACGACACUGCCGAAGGAUCAUCAUUAUGAUGCAGAUAAACUGUUCCGACUGUUUAUGUUAAAACGAAGAAUGAUAAAGCGAGAGAAGACCAGUGCUAAUGUUGACGAUGCUAUUGAAAAUUAUGAUUAUGAGAAUGCAAAUGACAGGGAAAACUACUGUCCCAAUGAUGAGGGUGAUGAUGAUAAUGACAGUGGUGAUAUGGACUUUGGUAAUUUUGUUGCCGCGGGAACAGAUUUCAGUCAGGAAUCAUCGUCGUCACAAGAUCCAUUCUCUCAAUCUCAGGACACAUUUACACAACCUAAUCUAGGUGAUGGUACUAUACUCACAGGAGAUAAAUUAUUAGCUCAACCAUAUAAGGUGGCAAAGAUUGAUAUUGAUUAUGCUAAAACAGCCAAGAAACUUGAUGUGAAGAGGCUAAAAUCGUCCAUGUGGAACUUGAUGAAAGCAGCUCCUAAAGAUCCAGAACAGCCUUCAGAAGAUGGUAACACAAACAAUUCUGCGAGCAAUGAGCCUGGAACCAGUAAGGAGAUGGAAGGGAAGUUGACAUUCCAAAAACUUCUCAAUGAUUUACCAGAAAAAGUCUCAGGUCAAACAGCUAGAAACCUCAGUGUUCCCAUAGCAUUUGUUUGUUUACUUCAUUUAGCAAACGAAAAGACAUUAAAAAUUGAAGACUGCAGUAAUAUGGAAGAUUUGACAAUAUCACAAGGUCUCUGAGGGAUGGAUUACAUGUAGAGUUUGAUAAAAAAAAAGACAGAACUGGAAUUUCUAGAAAAAAAAUUCUUUUCAGAAAAUUCUGUGAAGAUUAGGCCUAAUGUUAUAAGUGAACAUGACCAGUGCUCUAUGAAAUGUACAGGGGGAAAUGUGGAUUGUCGUUGAACAAAUGCAGACUGUAUGCUCCUGAAUAAAGAGAAUAAAAGUUUUCAGUUUUGUAAAGGUGGAUAAUUGUGAAAGUAAUGGUCUAUAUUGAAUGACUGCUGUGACUUUUUUAUUGUUGUUUUUUUUCUGAAGUGUUGUCGGAUUUUUGUGUAUCAGGAAUAAAUGUGAUUAAACUAAUAUUGAUGACAUGAAUAAGACCUUUAUACAUGCAAGAUACAGAAAAGUGUGAGUCAUAAAAGAAUCAAUGACAAUUGGGAGUUGAAAUUAGCGCCAAAAAUAUAUUUCAUGUCGAGUUAAUAUAUAAAGUUGUAGGAAUAAGGGUACUAAAAGGGUAUAGAAAGCAAGAGAACAGAACUAAACAAAUGAUAAACAAUUGUUUAACAUUAUACAUAAGAAACAGCAUUGGAGGAUAUUUGAAUAAAGAGAAUGGGAGAAUAUAGAAGUGGUUAAGUGAAUAGAUGUGAUAGUUUGAAGUGCCUUGUUUUUGAUGUAUUACUGAAUGUAUUGACAUGUCAACAUGUAAUAUGUGAAUAUAUUGACCUGUCAACAUGUAAUAUGUGAAUAUAUUGCAUACCAGUGUGUUCAUUUACUCUCAGUGAAGCUGCUUCAUGAAUCAGGGAUGUACUGUAAAACAUUGUCAAUAACUUUUACCUGCCUAUUCAUUUAAUAGGAUUUGUAAGACAAAAAAAUGGCUAUUUCAUUUCAUAAUUGGAUAGUCACUGGAAGAGUUAUCUCCCUUACAUAGCCCAUAUAUUAUCUCUGUCCCCCGUCUUAAAGGCUCAAAACUAUGUUUAUGUUUUCUUUACUUUCCUUUGCAUCUUUCUGUAAGUUCAAUCUUGUGUAGGAGUUGUGUCCCUUACAUUAUGUCGUCAAAAAAAAAAUUUAGUUUUUAUUUUUUGUCAUGAUAUUUUAACUAGAAUAUUUAUGUUUUGUUUUGUAAUGAAUUAGUUCAGAAAGAAUAUUUUCAUGGAUUUCUUCAAGUAUUCUUCUGUAAGGAUAAUAGGUGAGAGAAAGAAAACUUAUUCUUCUUUUUUUUUAUUUCUUCAUAAUAUUAAGUUGUGGAUGAAAUACAUACUGAAUGAAAUUGUGUUUUGGAGCUACAACUUUUAUUACUGUUAUCAUUAUUAUUUAUUAGAAUUGUUCAUUUUAAUGGAGUAGAUUUGUAAAUAGCUCAUUUCUUAUUGUACACAUAGUGUUUGAUUUUAACAUAGAAAAAAAAAGAAGUAGAUUUUUAUCAUUGGAAAUGUUCUUAAGUUAAAUAAACCAGUCUUAAAGCUAGGGGAAGAAAAUUUCAAAAGUUUUAAACGCUGUAUUUUAUUCAAAUUAUUGCUCAAAUUAUGUUUUUCCCCAUCCUUUUGGAAACGGGUCUGGGGCCCUUCUAAGUGGAAAAGAAAGAGUCGUGAUAACAUCUAAAUUGUGUUAAAAAUGAAAUUAGACAUGAGUCCAUUUAUCUGACAUGUCUAAAGAAUAAAAACACUGAAAAUCUUGCAUGAAUUUUCUGGAAAGGAUGGAGUGUUUUCUUCAUUUUUAUUCAAUAAUUGUUUAGAAAAAUGCUGACAAGCUUAAAAUCAGGGUUUAAUUUGGUUGAAAGAAACAUUAAAAUAAAUUUGUGUUGGAAUUUUUGAUUUCAUACCAAAUAUGAUUAGAAUAGUAUAACAUGAGCAAGGAAUCUGUUAGCCAAAUAACAAAUUUUUAAGCAAAUGACUAAUAACAGGGUGAGCCAUGUGAUUUUAAUACUGCAUAUAAUAAAGAGUAUAUGUUACAUAUUACAUUAAAAAUGUGACAAACAUGUGCAUAAAUGUCACACUUCUAACACAUGUAUGUUAAUGCCACACUUGUUAAUUGGGUUGAAGGUGACCUUGAUGUAACCCAAUGAUGUUAAUAGACAAGGUAAAAAGGUGAUCAUUCCUAAAGUUUCAAUAAUAUUGCUUAAAUCAAAAAGAUAACACAUUUCUCAUUUUGAAAUUAUCAAACCUGCUUUGACUGUGUUUUAGAGGUAUAUUUUGUAAGAAUUUGCCUGUAAAUAUUAUGUACAUAUACAUGUAUUAUGCAAGAAAAUGUCACUUUUUAUGUAUACUGUCUGUUAAAUACUUGUAAAUUAUUCAUUAUUUCCCAUCAUUACAAACGUCUGGUUUACUUUAAAAUUUGAAGAUAAUUUUCUUUGUCUGAAAAAUGUCUUCUUUGCUGUUUUCCAAAGUAACAAAGAUAACUUUUUAGGCCAUCAUAGAGUAAUUCUCUACCUUAAGUUAAGCUGUUUUUCCAAUGUUGCAAAGGUAACUGUCAUAGUUUGUCACUGUUUGCAGGUUUCUGUAGUAACAAUUUUUUUUGUUUAUCAAAGAGUAAUUGUUUACUUUGCAGUAUUAUGCAAUAAACUGUUAUUGUUAUCCGUGCCUGAGUGGUCAAAGUCGUUUACUUCAAACCACUCGCCCCUCACUGUUGUAGGUUCAUAUGCUGACAGUGACUUUGCUUUGAGGAAGUGAGGUAGCUUACUGAACUUUGUAGGUUCUACUUAGGUGCCCAUUCGCGCCAGAAAUAAUGCAUGGAAGGGCACCUUAGGUCUUCCUUCACAUGACCUAUACUGUGUUGGUGCAAAGUUAAACCCACUAAAAAAAGUCAAAACUGCUGCAGUGUUUACAUUAUAGAACUUGUGUAUACACAUAUAAGGGCUACAGUGUAAAUCAAAUUAUAUUGAUCGUUCAGGUAAAUAACAAUGUUUUGUGACUUUUAUGAGGUUUGAAGUGCAUUUUGGUAAUUUGAAAAUUUGAUUAAGAUAAACUACUUUAUUCUAACCUACUUAUCCUUCAUUUUUUGGAAGAGGAGGAAAAGUUGAUAAGCACUAUUAAGAGUUCCUCUAAAUUUAUACUAAUUGGUAUUGACCGAUCUGCCAUUUUGCUAUUAAGAUUUUCAAAUUUUAAAUAGUCGAUAGCGAAAUACACAAAUAUAUAUUUUAUCUUGUGAAAAUGGAGUGAUAUCGUCCUAUACUUUACAUUGUAAGACUUUAUAUAUCUGUUAAAUAUGUAGCUUUUCAUUAGCAAGAGAAUAGGAGGUCAAGAAUAAAAUAAAAAUGUAUGAAACAGAACUUCUAUGAAGUUUAAAAAUUUAAAAAUCAGAAACAUGUCUGACAUGGGAAGUCAUGUUAAAUAGGUAAAGAAGUAAAAGUAUUAUAUUUUGGAAAUUACAAACCAAAAUAAAGGAAGAAAUGACUACUAAACUAGUGGAAGCUCUGAUAAAAAAAUUAACUAUACUUCAGGGGCCCGUUUCACUAAAUUUCUUACGAUCAUUAUUUUCGUAAGUCAAAAUUUAAAAUCACUUCUACAAUAGUAACUAAUUUCAUAAUUCUGCCAUGCAUCAUCUUAUUGGAAUCGUCUUUAAAAGACGAUUCCAAUGAGAUAUUGCACGGUAUAAUCUGGUGAUGAAUGAAAACAUCAGGGACAAUUCGUGAUUUUGACUUACGAACAACUUUUUCGUAAGAAGUUUAGUGAAACGGGCCCCAGGACAGUUAAUUGUCAUACCUUGUUUAGUGAUGUAAAGAAUCUAAAAUUAUUUGCACCUUGUAGUACUUUCUCUGCUUAUUGCAAUAACAAAAAUUACUAUUAUAUUCUUUUGUUCUUAAAGAUCUCAAUUAUCAUUAUCACCAUCAUACUACUUAAUAUAGAAUAAAACAUGAUACAAAAACUCA